AUGCUUCCGUCAGAAACACUCGUUGGGCCAAGUGAGAAGAAUGCUCCAGGGCGCAAAGUUAACAAACAACGGGUUACUUUUAUGCCAUGUAGUAAUGUGACAGGCGACCACAAGUUACGGAUGGUGGUCAUCGGAAAAUCCAAAAAUCCCAGAGCAUUUAAAAACGUCAAGGUACCUGUCACAUACUUCGCCUCUAGAAAUGCCUGGAUGACGCAGGAUAUCUUUAAAACCUGGUUCCAUAAGGAUUUUGUGCCAGCAGUUCGUCGAUUUUCUGCUGCAAGUGGCAUUCCACCUAGAGCUAUUUUGCUACUAGAUAAUUGCUCGGCGCAUCAUAUGAAUGAUGAUCUCAAAAGUGAAGAUGAUUUGAUCAUUGCAUACUUUUUGCCUCCAAAUGUGACAGCCAUGAUUCAACCUAUGGAUCAAAACGUGAUUCAAAAUUGUAAGCUACGAUAUCGCGAAAAACUUCUGCUUCAUGUCAUGGCACGCAGCCGAGAAAACGACAUAGAUCAAUGCUUGAACCAAAUCUCGAUGAAGGAUGUAUGUUUCUGGAUUCACGAUGCUUGGACUGAAGUACAAAAUACAGUGAUUCAGCUGUCCUGGAGAAAAAUUGGUGUUAUUUUCAAUGAUAAACUAGUACACGAAGACGACGUUCCUCUGACACAACUGCUGAAUAUUGAUAAAAGCGAAAAUACGAUGGAACCACACAUUGUUGAGGAGAGAUAUGUUAGUAAGGCUUAUACAGACGAAGAUAUUUUGAGUAUGGUACUGGACGAUCAGUCAGCUAGCGAAGAACUCGAGCAAUUAGAACUGAACUUUGCAGAAACAGCACCAGGUUCAGAAUCAGCCGCAUCGGGUUCUUAUCAGCAGGAUGAAUCGCCAGAAGUUAUUAACGAUAUUGAAGCAGUGCGAAUGUUGGACAAGAUAGUUGAUUGGGCUGAUGCCUCAGAUCUUUCGAUCGAUGAUGUCAUCUUCUUUCGUCGAAUUAGGGAAAUUGCUCUAAAAAAAUCGAUGUAA